UUAGCAACUCCAAAACCAUGCUUUCUGCUCAAGAAACGCUUUGGCCAUGUGAAAGCUAAGGCUUUCUGUCUUUGCAAUCAAAACAACGACUAGUCGAAUUUCUUACUAAUAGUUGCCAAGAUCAGCUAUCGAUCAGCUGGUAUUGCAAUGCUGAAUCAGUGCCUUCUUCAAGAGCGGGGCAGAGAUGCAUCUAGUCAAUGCUCUCUAGGCUAGAAGAGGAAGUUGGAGACGCAUUUAUUUGGCCAAUGCAAAGAUGAGAGAUUCGGCAGCAUUACUGCAAGGGAUUCUCCAACGUCGCUGCUUAUCUUAUCUGGCUACAUUAUUCUUAUUCAUUCUGUGCAUUGCGGCUUUCUUCUCGGCACGCUUGCUCGACUUCAGGUGGAAUGCAGGGAAUUACUCUCGAAAAUCAAUAUUCAGUGGCGUCACAUUUUCAAAAUACCCUCUUCAUGAUCCAUGGACAAAGCCCAGGAGGAAUCCGAUUGAAAUCCCAUUGACUUGCGCUGUUACCAACAACACACGAACUUGCCCAACAACUUACCACCCACCAAGUCUUUCAGCACGAGACGAAGACGCGGCCGCUCCCGAGGCCUGCCCAGAUUACUUCCGGUGGAUCCACGAAGACCUGUCGCCCUGGAGGGAGACUGGAAUUUCACUAGACAUGGUGGAGGCGGCUAAAAGAAGGGCAGACUUCCGACUGGUUAUAGUGAAUGGGACGGUUUACGUGGAGACUUAUAGAAGGUCGUUUCAGACGAGAGAUGUUUUCACGCAGUGGGGAAUUUUACAGUUGCUACGGCGGUACCCGGGUAAAUUGCCCGACUUGGAUCUCGUAUUCAGCUGCGCGGACCGGCCGGGUAUUGUUAAAGAAUGUUAUCCCAAAUCCAACGCCACCGCCCCGCCACCGCUGUUCGGCUAUGACGGAGAUGAUUCGACCGUCGACAUUGUUUUCCCGGAUUGGUCAUUCUGGGGAUGGCCUGAAAUUGUUAUAAAGCCAUGGAAGCAAUUGUCCGAGGAGCUAAAAGAAGGGAACCGGCGGAUGCGAUGGGUGGACAGGGAAGCACACGCAUAUUGGAAGGGCAACGCUAGACUUACGGCUUCAAGGAGGGAUUUACUCAAUUGCCAUGUCUCGGGCAAGCAAGAUUGGAAUGCCCGUAUCUAUUAUCAGGACUGGCAUCGUGAACAACGACAGGGUUUCAAAAAUUCUAACUUAGCAGGCCAAUGCAUUCACAGAUUUAAAAUCUACAUCGAAGGAAUUGGGUGGUCCGUAAGCGAAAAGUACAUUCUUGCGUGUGACUCUGUUAGUUUAGUGGUCAGGCCACGUUACUACGAUUUCUUCACAAGAAGUUUGAUACCUCUGCAACACUAUUGGCCCAUAAGAGAGAAUGACAAGUGCAGAUCAAUUAAGUAUGCUGUUCACUGGGGCAAUACCCAUCAGGAAGAGGCACAGGCCAUUGGCAAGGCAGCAAGCCAUUUUGUACAAGAGGAGCUGCAAAUGAAAUAUGUGUAUGAUUACAUGUUUCACCUCUUGACAGAGUAUGCUAAGCUUCUGAAAUACAAGCCAAGCGUUCCUCCGAAAGCAAUUGAACUUUGUUCCGAGUUAAUGGCCUGUCCGGCUGAUGGACUGGUGAAGAAAUAUAUGGUGGAUUCCGUUGUUACGAGUCCCUCUGAGGCAGCUCCAUGCACCAUGCCUCCUCCUUACGACCCUCCUAGUCUUCAUUCAAUUUUGGAGAGAAAAGAAGAUUUAAUAAAGCAGGUAGAGACGUGGGAGAAACAGUAUUGGGAUACUCAAACCAAUCACAAUUAAUUAGACGGGCCGACAUGUUUUUCUUCUUCAGCUGGUUAAUUUGUCAUCAUCAAUUUCCCUGCAUCU